AUUUUCUCAGCAAAAAACUGUUCACCAUCAAUCCUUACCAGGCUCACUACUAGUUCAGUAGUUUGAUACGAUAUGGAUACUACAAGCCCUACAGCUUUUGUCAAUGGAGGAUUAUUACACAUGCAUGUGGGACGCAAGGUGCGAGCUGUGAUUCAGGUUACACGUUCUGAUGUUGGAUUUGUUAUGGGAAAGUCUGCAGAUGACCGCCAACUUGUUGUAAAAGGCUCUCCACCUGUUCCUCUUACAAGUUAUGUUGAGGUCAUUGGUGUUGCUGAGAAUGAUAAUUCCAUCCGAGCUGAAAUAUGGACCAACUUUGGUGACUCGUUUGGCAUGUCCUACUCCAGAUUAAAUUUACUUGAUCUUUUUGAACCAUGCUGAUGUGACCAUUUUAACAUAGGGAACUUCAUUUUAGGUUUCAAACAUAAUGAUUUGGGUGUUAUGUGGACAUGGAAUCCCGGAUUGGUGUUAGGACAAGCACUUCUACGUUGGACAUGUUCCAAUAGUUAGUUUAUUGGGGUGGAUGAAUCAGAACAGUAAUUGCUAACAGUAAUUGUUAAGCGUUUCUGCUUCUGCUCACUGAAAGAGUUGCCUGAUCCCAAUGUUGAUGGGCUUUAUUAACUAUUAGGGCUAAUAGGAAGGGUAAAGUGGUAAACUUGCAGUAAAUAUAAAUGCUGGCUGGCUGAUUAUCAUUAGUAUAGGUUUGAGCUAACGUGCUUAAGUAAAAUUACAAUAAGUUUUUAUUGCCAUGCUAAGUGGCAUCUUUUCCACAUGAUGCCUGUGGCAACUAGCAUCCUCUCAGGAGGUUUUAUUGCUUGACAUAUGAGAUUGUUUAAGAACUGUUCCACUUUAUAGCCAGCAGAGGAGCUCUUCUGUCCAUGAGUUCUCAAACAGUCAAGGGGAGCAAUAUUAUAUGUUGCCUUGGAUCUGUCUGAAGCAGUAAAAGCUAUGACUUGUUUAUAAUUAUUUGACUACGGAAAUGUUCCUGUUACCUCCAACACUGACCUAGAACUCGGUCCUUGAAGCCUUAUUUCUUUAAUCUUCAAUUGAUUUCAAUUUUUUUUUUUUACUUUGUCUCCUUUUUCAAUAAUGGCAGAUGCAUCCAGCUAUGAUCAGGUUUGUCAGCUUGCAAAUGGAGAGUUCAAACACCUCUUCCUCUGAGGUGUUCUAAGAUUUUCUUUGGCAAAAACUUUUAGCUAAACAACGUAUUUGGCAUUCUAUGUCCAUAUAAAAAGGUGGAAUUGUGUGAAGGAACUUGCUCAGAUGCUUUCCAUAGAAGUCCCCUUAUAUUGUUUGUCUUUGGGGUAGCUGUUUUUGUCGUUUGCUUCCUCUGAUACUUGUUCGUGUUUCUUCUGUGUAUUACUUAAUUUCAAUGACUUCUUUGAUCCCUAUUGAGGCUUAUUUGCUAUUUUUCAAUGAGUUGUAGAAUUU